GCAUAUUCGCCUGAAUUCUGAAGAUUCAAUCCCUAUUUUUGAAUUUCUAAUGAAAAAACCCCUCAAAUCUUGGAACCCUAACUUGUCAACAGUAGAACCACUUCCAAUGAAUCCAAUCUCCUCCUCUCUGUCGUUGUCCUGUUCAAACUUCAAACAUCGACACAACUCUCUCGAGGAGGAAACUUCGUAUGGUCGGUUAAUUAACAGAGGAACUUAGUUCAUGGCCGACGCAGACGCCAAACCCAAAUUCCAGCAAUCCAAGGACUUCCGUCCGGUCUCGCAACCGCCGGAUUUUCACCCGGAACUAGUCAUGGCAACCCCACACGACGGGCUUCACUUCUGGCAAUUCAUGGUUGCUGGGUCCAUAGCCGGCUCCGUCGAGCACAUGGCCAUGUUUCCGGUCGAUACAGUCAAGACCCAUAUGCAGGCUUUGCGCUCCUGUGCCAUCAAAUCCGUAGGUGUCCGUCAAGCAGUCCGGUCCAUUUUUCAGACAGACGGCCCAUCCGCCCUCUACCGUGGAAUCGCCGCCAUGGGCCUUGGUGCUGGUCCAGCGCACGCCGUUUACUUCUCCGUAUAUGAGAUUUGCAAAGAAUUCUUCUCUCGAGGCAACCCCGACAACCCAGCAGCCCACGCAAUUUCAGGGGUUUGUGCUACAAUUGCCAGCGACGCGGUUUUCACACCUAUGGAUAUGGUGAAGCAGAGGUUGCAGCUGGGUAAUGGCAUGUAUAAGGGGGUUUGGGAUUGCGUGAAGACUGUUUUUAGGGAUGAGGGGUUUGGUGCUUUCUACGCUUCUUAUAGAAUCACUGUGUUGAUGAAUGCUCCAUUUACUGCUGUUCAUUUUGCCACAUACGAGGCUGCAAAGGGAGGAUUGAUGGGGAUUUCACCGGAUAAUGCAGAUGACGAGCGAUUGGCUGUUCAUGCUACUGCCGGUGCUGCUGCUGGAGCAUUGGCAGCUGUGGUUACAACUCCGCUUGAUGUGGUUAAAACCCAAUUGCAGUGUCAGGAAGGUAGGAAAUGGUUGGUUUGGGUGGCACGCUAUAAUAAUUACAUUCAUCAGAAAAGAGAGUGUCACCACAAUUUUUUUCCUGAAUGAAAGGAAGAGUUGCACCAUGACCUCACGGUUUGAGACUCUGUAGAGGGAUUGAUUAUAGAAUGCACUGCCUAAAAUCUACUCAUUCUAGCAAAUCAGCUUGCACAAAUAUGUUUUGAGAGAAGUAGCUGAUGUAACAGGCGGAAGGUUUUGUUCAAACAAAUGAAGCUACUUAUUCUUCUUUAAAACUGAAGUUUUACUUGGAGACUUAUAUAAGCUUUCCGGCUAUGUCUUCUUAACAAACAUGUUCUUAUAUAGGGCGAACAAAGCUCUUGAAGUCUCAUCCUUACGCUAUGAGGCGUUGCUAUUCCUACCCUUUCUAUGCAUGGCUAAUUACCAUCGACAAAGCUCUAGACGGGUGGCAAUAUACUGUUUUCAUAUAAUCGUUAAUUGAGUAUAAGUUAAAGUCUUUUGUUCACCAUUGAACCGUUACUUGGAACCUAUUUGAACCCUGAUUAUAUAUGGAUACGAAGUUUAGCAAAUGAUUGAUUUUGAUUUACAAUAACAUUUUUUAAAUGCAUAAUUUGUGCUGGCAAUGUUAAAUUUCUGAGAUUAAAGAUGACAUGAUUCUUUACAUUAUGCCUCCCUGCCUUUGAUUGGCUAAAUUUAGCAUU